UUUUGAGUCUCAAAAAUAGUGCAUCUUACAAUACAUUGUCUUAAAUAUCCAUUUUCAAGAUUUUCAUAUGUUUAAAGACCUACUUCAUUUGAACCAGUUUUGGAGUUUAAAAUUUUUAUAAUUAGAGAUAAAAAUAGAUAUUCAAGCCAUCUCGAAAGAAAUUUACAUGAAAAUUACUCAUUAUAAUAAAAGGGAAAGGAUUUUAUGCUUCCUCUACAGCAUAAAAGAUAUAUUCUUCCCAUUUCAUUCAACCUUCCAAUUUAGAUCAAUUGAGUUACUACCUAUUUAAUCUAGAUCCGAUGCCUCAAGGUAUUUUAUUUUUAUACUAACUAUAUGAAUAUGAAAUUUAAUACUUGUCUUAACCUCAAUAUGGUACACUUAAAUAAAUUAUUAAAAAAUAUUUUUUAUAAAAUAAAAUGAUCAAAAUACUCUUGAAACUUUCAGAGGCAUUUUAGUUAUUUUUUUUUAUAGGUGCUAGUUAAAGAGAGGAUUGAACACCUAAAUUUUGGUGUAAAAAUAUUUUGUAUAAAAAAAUAAAAAUAAAAUAAUAUUAAAGGUGACAUUGUGAUUGGGUCAUCUAAGCCAUCCAGUUAGAAUGGAUGGUUAAACAAGGGGAAGUAUAAAAGUUUUAUAGUGUAGGGGGAAUGUUUAAAAUGGAUGGUUAAACAAGGGGAAGUAUAAAAGUUUUAUAGUGUAGGGGGAAUGUUUAAAGAUGCAAACUACACCCAUAAAAAUAUUUUUUAUUUUUGGUACUUCACUGCGAAUAUCAGGGAAAAAAAGGAAGAAAAUGCUGGACCAAGAUAGAGAGCUUAUCGGUGAUCUCUUGGAGUUUUUUUAUUCCCAUCCCAUCCAAUCCCAAUGUUGAGAAAAAAUAAAAGUUUUUGGUCCGGUCCCAUCCCCAUUUACAUUGCAACCCAAGAAACAGACAAAUACCAUAGUUGAAGAAGAAACAAGUGGCUCCACCCACCAUUUCUCGUUUCUUUUCUAUUGUAUUUCCAUUAAUUUAUUGUUUAAAGCAGAGUAGAGUAGUUUCAAUGAUGAAGCUCUUAGAGAGAGAGGAAGAAAGGGGUGGGAAUGGACAGGCUGGUGAGCGUGGACGUCGAGGAAUUGGAGCUGAGAUUCCAAAAGGGCCACCGCUGCUCCGCCAGAUUCGGUGUCCGCAACCUCAUGCACACCAUGUCUGUUGCCAUCUACAUCUCCAUCACCCCCGCGGCCUCUGCCUCCGCCUUCUCCCUCAAGCCAAGUACUGUAGCCGUGAUUCCCCCUCUCUCGUCUGCCCCUCUCCAAAUCUCCAUCGUCGAUCCUCUCGAUCGACUGUCCCUCUCUUCCCCACAAUCCAAGCUCUUGGUUCGGAGCUGCAUGCUCCCCACGGGAAGGGCAAAUGAGCAGGAGCUCCACCAACUAUUCUCCUUCCCGGCUUCGUCCUACAUCUUUAAGGAUGCCAUUAUCCCCAUCUCUUUCACAGGCCACGAUGUCCUUGCCUCUCUGCUCAAUAAUUCUCAUUGUUAUCAUCUAAACCCUGUCUUGAUCGCCCGUGCAAUCUCUGCCUGCACUCCUGCAGAGACUGCUUCCCUCUUGGAGAAAGCGGUCUCAUCAGGUCACUCGGACGUCGUCCGCUCCCUCCUUCAGUGUUCUGGUGGUAAUGAUAGCCUCAAACUCGACCCCUCAACCUCUGCCAGUCUCCUGCACACCGCUGCCUCGUUUGGUCAGGUCGGCAUCCUCUCUGCCCUCCUUCAGGCGUCAAUGGGUGCUUCUGCCGAAUCCCUUCUCAACUCCCCAGACUCCUACGGCCGGACCCCUGUCCAUGCCUGCGCGCUUGCAGGCCAUCUGGAUGCCCUCAGAUUCUGCAUCUCCUCCGGUGGAGAUGCGAUGUGCGCCGAUUCCAGUGGCUGGACUCCUCUGCACUGCUCAGCCUCCGAGGGACAUCUCCCCCUUGUCGAAUUCCUCCUCUCUGAUGCAGUAUCAAGUACCAAGUAUGCCCUCACAUGUGAUGGCAGAACACCCUUCAUGCUAGCCCGCGACGCAGGUCACCGCCAUCUUCUGGAUGCCCUCCAUUUGGGCGAUGCAUUGCAAAAGGCCGCAGCCCAAGGGGACGUGCAAGGCAUUGAGAAAUGCCUCUCACAGGGGGCUACGGUCGAUGGGAGAGACCAGCAUGGCUGGACCCCCUUGCACAGGGCCGCCUUCAAGGGAUGCCUCGAUAGUGUCAGGCUGCUGCUUGACCAUGGGGCUCGUGUAGACUCGGUGGACGAUUGCGGGUAUACGCCACUGCACUGCGCUGCUGAGGCGGGGCAUGCCUUGAUUGCACACCAUCUGAUCAAACAUGGAGCUCCUGUCAAUGCAAAAAGCGUAAACGGAGUAAGGCCUCUUCAUCUGGCGUCUUGCUUGAAACGACUGGGCAUGGCCUCCUUGUUGCAAGAGAGGAACCAGGCGACCUGAAACUACCAGUUCCAUAAUUUCUUCCCCCCAAAGUGUAUGCAUUUACAUCGUGGGGUAAGGAGAAGGGGAAAUCUUACCAUGGCUGCAAAAUGUGGAGGACAAUUACUGGGCCUUUCGAUCUUUCUCUGCAUACCAUACGGCCCUAUUGGACAAUAAUUGAUAGGCUGCGUGGUGGUCAAAUCAAUUGUGGCCCCUUGAGGGGUAUGCAUGGUUUUCUUUUGCUGCAGAGAGAUAUAUGCUGGUUCCUGCUAAUCCAGUCAUCUCCACAUCCAUUUAUGCAUAUUAUUCUCAAUUCUGUAAUAUGCCAUGGCAGUUUCAUAACAGAGUUGGUAGCUUAAAAGCUACCAAAACUUGUAAAUACCAAACUUGUAACAGGGUCUAUGUGGCAGUUCCGUAAUCAGAAUUGAAAACCCUUCACUAAUUUGAUGCAGUAAUUUCCUUUUCUUCC